CGACGGACUAUCUUGGUAGGACCACACCCACAAGCGCUUCCUUUCCACGUGAAUGGUGACUGGGGGGACGUGCGUCUUGAGUCUACGCCGUUUCCUUUCAAAUUCACGAUUACUUGAUUGCUUGGUUUGAUCUAAUGGUUAGUGUUAGUGAGACCAUGGAGCUGUUGGAGGAGGACGAGAUGUUCAGCGAUGAGUCAGAAGACGAAAGCAGCGAAUUGUCAGACAAUGCGCUCCAAGAGGCUUUCGCGAAAGGCUUAUUGAAACCCGGAAUGAACCUGAGGGUAGAAAAACCCAAAACGUUCGUCAACAAUGUGCAAGGCAUGAAACAGUGUUUGUCAGACUUGAGGAAAGACCUUCCCUGGGUGGAGAGACUGGACCUCACCAACCCUCCUGUUGAGGAUGUCCUCGCUAAGGUUGGAGGGGGCAUGCAAGGUGCAAACAAUGGAGAAGUCAAUGCUGAUGAUGAUUUCCAGAGGGAAAUGUUCUUUUACCGGCAGGCACAAGCAUCAGUUCUUGAGGCGCUACCUCUCUUGAGCAAGCACGGUAUUGCCACCAAGAGGCCGGACGACUACUUUGCUGAGAUGGCCAAGUCUGAUCAGCAUAUGCAAAAGAUCAGGAAGAUGCUGAUUUCAAAGCAGGCGAUAAUGGAGAAGUCAGAGAAGGCAAAGAAGUUACGUGAGCAAAGGAAAUUUGGCAAAAAGGUGCAAAUAGAAGUCAUCCAAAAGAGACAGAAGGAGAAGAAGGCAAUGAUGUCUGCUGUAAAGAACUACCAGAGAGGAAUGACUGACAAGUUGGAUUUCUUGGAAGGAGAUCAAAAGGCACCCGGUAGAGACACUUCGCGGAGCUCCAAGAAGACAUCUAUGAAUAAGAAAGGCCCCAAUGCCAAGAGAAAAUAUAAGGACCAGAAGUUUGGCUUUGGAGGCAAGAAGAGCGGAAAGAAGUGGAACACGAAAGAAAGCCACAAUGAUGUGUCCAGUUUCCGCGCGAAAGUGGCCAAUGCGAAGGGGCCAAAAGGGAAAAAGAAAGGCAAAGAAAGAAAACAAAAUAAGCGGCCCGGGAAGUCUGUACGCAGAAAGAUGAAAGCUCGCUCAUGAAGCAUAUCGGCGCUGUUCAGUGGGACUUGAACUUUGCUUCGAGGCUGAAUUUCCUCACAUCUUAUUUUCCUUAAGAACAUUGACUUCUUUGUGACAUUUUGUUCCAAUGGCUCCCUUGCAAUGUGUGUGGUGAAGAAGGAAGAGCGUAAUUAUCGACCACACUGAACAAGGAAGACUUCCUGUUGUGGGGGGCUGUUCCUUAAUAAAACAGUCAUUUAUAAAACAC